AUGGGCAUUCUCCAAAGCGGAAGCAUCGAGCAUCCUCAAGUUCAGCUCUCAAACAACCUCAAGCACCAGAUCUCCCAAAGGGUGUGGAAAAAAUUAUAUCUUCCCCUAUUCGCUAACAGUAUUCUUGAUGUUUUAAUCUCUACUGGAAUGAUCAUCAAGAUGGUUUGUGUGCUUGUGGUCUGGCUUCAUCUCAGGGCUGGUGUUAGUCGAUCUGCAGCAAACACUAUCCUGCAAGCAUUUCAGUUUAUCAUCUCCACAAUGAUUCAACUCAUUGAAGCAGCUCUUUGCUCAUAUGGCAUCAAUAUCAAGCUACCAGAAUUCAAACUCCCUCAUGACCUCUGUUCAGCAUAUGGGCAAACUUUUCCUGAACCAGAUAUCAUCAGGACAGCUUGUUGCCCAUCUUGUUUUGCUCUUUACUCAGCCCCAAUUCCUUUGAAGUGUCAGUGGAAGGAGUCUCCGAGAUCUUGCGCCUGCAAUACAGAUCUUUGGAAAUCUCAGAAUACAUCCAGAGGACCAAAAUUGGUCCCCAGACAGCUCUAUACUACACAGUCUUUUGAUUCCUGGCUUUCUUUCUUUCUGUCUCGCCAGAUUAUCGAAGAUGCACUUGAUGAAAGCUUUUGCCCUGCCUGGCGAGAUUUGACAGGCCUUUUUUCUACUGCUCGCCAUCUGGUCUUUGGGAUAUAUAUUGAUUGGUUUAAUCCUUUUACAAACAAGAUUGCUGGAAAGCAUGCAUCUUGUGGUGCCAUUGUUCUUUAUUGUCUGAAUCUUCCUCCACACUUGCGCUAUCUGCCUGAAAACACAUUUAUUGUUGGCCUCACUCCCCCACCAAAUGCACCAGAUAUGAUCACCAUCUCCCACAUUAUUGAACCCCUCAUUGAUUCUGUUCUCAAAUAUGCCACUCCUCCAGGUCAACGCCUUCCUACAUUUCGACAUCCUGCUGGUGUUUGGUUUCAGAUAAAAGUUGCACCCCUUAUUUCUGAUAUAGAGGCAAGUCACAAGGCUGGAGGAUUUAUGGCUCAUGCUCAAGUAUGGCUGAACACAGCAACAAAAUCUGGUCGCAAAGCUCAGGCUCAAUCUACUGGGGUGCGGUGGACUCCUCUUCACCAUCUGCCUUACUGGGAUCCUGUUAAACAUGUUCUUCUUGGGUAUAUGCACAACUGGCAGGAAGGAGUGUUAAAACAUCAACUCCAUGUUCUGUGGGCCAUUGGGCCACAAGAAGGUUCUCAGAAUACUGGUCAGGGAAUUGACGAGGAGGAACAGUGGACUGAAACAGAUGUAUCUGAGUCUGCAAGUGAGCUUGAUGAGUUACAUCGAGAGGCAGCAGAGGCAGAAGCAGCACCACUCCACCAAAACCCUUCAUUCUCAUCCCAGCAUUCUGGCCGAUCUUCAACACUCUCUCGAACACCAACUCAAGAUGAACCACAUCCCUAUGCAUUUGACAUGCAGGAUGAGGAUGAUGAAGUUACUGGAGAUCCAGAUUACAUUCCUGACACCAAAGAACACUUUACCUUCAUGGAUGCACAGCUUCAAGCGAUUCGAAACUGCAUUUCUAAUGUUACUCUCCCAACAUGGGCACAGCAACCUCCAACAAACCUUGGAGAACCAAGUCACGGGAAGCUGAAAGCUCAUGAGUACCUUAUGCUCUUCAGCUGUAUCUUUCCGCUUAUAAUUCCAGAGUUCUGGCACUCUGAAACAAUGACAAAUCUUCAGCACCAACAUCUCCAAUCCUUUCACCAUCUUGUUGCAGCCACAAACAUACUAUCAUCCUUCAAGACUUCUAAUGCCAGUGCUGAUGAAUACACUGGUCACUACAUUCAAUAUCGGAUGCUUUGCUGCAAGAUGGACUACAAGAUGGUAGAAUGA